UUGGUUCUGCUACUUGCUGCACUUUUACAUCACACUACAAGCGAGAGCAGCUUAAGAACCCUUUCCUACGAACGAACCUUCGACGAUGCCGUCCACAUCAGCAAUCCUCACAAGCUUCGCAGGCAUAGUUGCACUGCUCUCCCUGUUCGUUUACUUUUAUGGUAUUCCUCCGGAGCUGAAAAGGAAGAUGGAACAAGGGGCCCUGAAAACGAUGGGCGAAAACAAGAUGUCGUACAUGAUGAAAGACCAGAUCAGCAAGGUCCCAGAUGCUGACCAGCAAGACAUCAAAAAUUUGAAGUCUAGUCUUGGCAAUAUUGCUGGUGGAAGCGCGCAAAACCCACUUGGCGAUACAGCUGGCGAGGCUGCGGAUGAUAUCUCGAAGCCGUUCACAGGUCGCUGACGCCUUUCUCGACUGCCUUUCAUCCAUGGAGGCGAACGGGGUGCUAUUGAUUGCUGAAUGUAUGGGGCUCUCGGAACUGUGAUAUAGUGAAGGCAGGCGCAUGUGAGUAAUAAGGAGCCUUGGAGGAUAUCUGUAGUUUUACGCAUAACAUUGCUCGCACAAACGAAGUAUAUGUACAGGCUUGCGUCGUGACGUGGUCG